CAUAUGUAGGUAUAAAUGACAGUGGGCAUUUUUCCUGUUUUUGUUUGUUUUUCAGCAGAUGCUUCUGAAAUAUCUGAGAGACAAAAUAAUCUGAUGUUUGCCAAGCCAGGAGGAAGUGUCACUUUUACUUGCUCUUAUGAUAUUGGAGGUUUGGUGCAGCAAGUGAAGUGGGAAAGGAUUAAAGCAGGUGGAACAGAUACCAUUGUCCUGUGUAACUCAGUAGGAGAGCAAAGAUUUGGUUCAGAUUUCAUAAAACGUGCACUGGUGGAUUGCUCUGGUCAAGCAACCUCAACAAUUGUCAUUCAAAACGUCACAGCUUCCGACUUUACAAAGUACCGCUGCAUAGCUACUGGAAGAAAUAAAACCUUUGAGAUGAGUUUCACCGUGGUUGCAACUUGGGAUCACAAAUGGUUUAUUAUCUACAUAGCUGGAGGAACAUCUGCUGGUGUUUUACUGUUAGUUUUCCUACUCAUUUACUGCAUCAUCACAGCUUAUCGCAAAAAGAAGAAGAGGAAGAGGAUCACAGAGGCCUUAUUUAAUGCUUUGUAUUGUACUCAGGAUGAGGCUGGUAACAAUUAUGCAGAACACAGUUAUCACACUACAUGGGACAUAGAAAGAGGAAAAGAAGAAUCAUCACUCAGGCCAGCACAGGAGAUUUACGUGAACUGCAUAAACCUAAGAAAUGACAAUUAACUUCUUUCUUGUGAAUGAAGUAACCCGAGUUCAGGCCAUGUAUUUGCAUGUUGGACUUGAUUUGUUUUGCACAUGUGAACUACAGAAGGUUAAACUGGCUGCCAAGCAUGGCCCAGGCUGCUCUGGCCAGACAGCACAGGUACCCAAGCCAGUCAGGGUGCAUCUGCAUUAUGAGACAGUCUGCAGCAGUAAAUGCACCCUUUGAUUCAUACGUACAAGUGAAGAUUAUUGGUACUUCCAAAAUUUAAACGUUUUUACGCAGUAGGUGCACUUACAGGUAAUAAUUUUAGAACAACUAUGCCGAGCAAAGCAGUAUAUGUUUAAAUUACAUUCAUUUUGUCAGAGAAAAAAUGUCUGAUAAGUCUGUGUGGCAAGGUGAGAAAGAAAAUGUGUUCAACAUUCUCUGUAUACAUGACUUUCAAAUCUUAAAAUUGAGAGCAUUAUAGAACAAAAAAUGUCCAUGAUUUUCCGCACAGGAGGUGUUAUCACACUGUUGGGCAAACAGUAUUAUUCAGUUGGCAAAAGCAAAUGUAUCAAGGAUCCUUGAAGCUAGAUUUGAAAGCAGGAAGAGAAACGUGCUGUCUGACAGUGAUGUGGUUUACAUGCUUCUUGCCACUCAUGACAGCUAUUCCAGUGCUUACUAUUUGUGAUACAGAAUAGAAACACAGCCCCCAGCCAACACGUACUCUCACACGCAUGCACACAUAUUUUUUUUCUCUCUGUCUUGAAUGCUCAGGAGAAAACAAAACAUUAAGACUGUUACUGUCAAGUUAUAUUUAAUAAUAAUUUAUUAUAAGGUUUAAUUGCACAAAAAAUAAAUGAGAACAUGGAAGAUACAUGAAUAAAUGAUGCAAAGCAGAAAAAGCACGAUUGGGAACAUUUACAAAACAGUACACAUACGUGUGUGGUUGUAUGUGUGCAUAUGUAUAUAUUCUGCUGAAAACUACAGAAUGAACCACACAGAAAUUGAACAAACAGACAAAAAAAAAAAAAAUUAAAAAUUAAAAAAA